GGUGACUGAUUAAGCGGGAUAUGUAGAUUAACUUAAGAAACAAAACCGCACGAGUCGAGCGAGUGGCCGCAUUAUUGUUGAAGUUGCAUCUAUACAUUUUGAUCCUGCCACAAAAGAAUAACAUCUCACUGAUAACACUCGUGACUUAUCUUCUUUUCCCGUUUAGAAAGCGAAAUGUGUCGUUCGAUAAACACAAGCAUUGCAAUGAAAGCGAAAAGAGCUUUUCAAAAAUAACACGAAUGUACGCACAGAAACCAUGAGGUAAUUGGUCACGUGAGUCUUUAUGAGCCAAUCAUUUUGCUGCUUGGAGGCACGGCAUUGGGAGGGUGCUUUCACAUUCAGAGAAGAUUUGGCAAAGUUGUUUCAUUGCAAUUUCUGCCUCUAUGAAACUCGGACCUUUGUGUUACAGAACUACGCAACGAAGACAGGACAAAGCUGGAACUUUUUACGCCAUUUCAAGUUAAUAUUAAUAACCGCUCAUUUAUUCUUGAAGAGUGCUCAAUGAGCCGCGGUUGGUCGACUGUGUAUCAUUAAAUGACAAGCUCAUCACGAGGGGUAUGGAGACUUUACACCGAGGGACUGUUGCAAGCCUGCUGUUGAUACUAGUCGUUCUUAAAGGCCGUCCAAGUCAUUGUCAACCAUACUCACAACCUAAAUUAACACAACAGCCGAGCACUUCGAUCUACUACUUCAGUCACUAUGGAUCGCAGACGCCCACUUUCUCGCUUCCAUGCCAGGCGAAUGGCACGCAACCUCUAACAUAUCGGUGGGAGCGCAAUGGCAAGACAGUGUUUCAAACCAAUAACUCCAGCAGGAAUGAGUCAUUGGUGCUGAUGUCAGCGAGUAAGGCUGACAUCAUAGGGAACUACACCUGCUUUGCUACCAAUUACUUGGGUACCGCAGUCUCCAACACCGCCAGAGUGCAGUUUGCCUUUUUGAACAAUUUCAAUGACGACACCAAAAACUACAACGUGAGCGAGGGCAGCUGGCUGAGGCUGGCCUGCGACGCACCGGACGGACAGCCAGCACCCGCCAUCUCCUGGACCCGUGACGGGCAACCGGUGUUCGUCAACGGCUCAUCGUGGGAUCCGGACCGCAAGAUGGUUCAAGAUCGCGCCGGUGGGCUGGUGCUUCUGAAUGCGUCACUUUCCGACAGCGGACCUUAUGUGUGUGAAGUACAGUCCCCGGCCAUACCCGCUGCCGUAUACUCUCGGGAAAUAGAAGUUGUCGUUGAGGAAACAACCGUCGGAGUCCCCCUGCAACCGCCAGAGAUACUGGAGUGGGCCCCAGUCGUCGAGGCGUUGGUCGGUGAAGACGUGAAGCUCUAUUGUCUUGCGGUUGGAAAUCCAACACCAUCUGUCCGUUGGAGCCGCCAACACUACCCAUCAUUCCAAGCUGCUGAGGGGGCCGUACUCACUGUGCGCAAUGUGCAGCUUGAUCACGACGAUGGCGACUACACGUGCACGGCUUGGUCAACGAAUGGUCGGGAAGUCAAUCAAACCACAGCUUUGCAUAUUGAAGCUGCACCUUACUGGAUCGUCAAGCCUAAGGAUACCACUGUUUACAAAGGCAAAGGGGCCACAAUGUCAUGUCAGGCGGGUGGCAAGCCAGAACCAGACAUUAAAUGGAUGGAGAACGGUGUACACAAACCAGAAUAUGACGGUGCUUCAUCAGUUCUGAUGAAUAACGUCACAAUGGCAGACAGAAAGGUUUACCAGUGCACAGCAUCGAACGUCCACGGGCAGAUCAUGGCCAACGCCAUCUUGGAUGUAACGGAGCAUCCACGGGUUAGCCCAUCUGGAAUCAGAGUCAGUAUCCAAAGCAGGGAAUCUGUCCUCAUUUCAUGGAACCCAAUCGACGAUGAUCGCCUCACUGGGUUUAAGGUGAGGUACCAGCGUUCAGAUAGCAUCAAACCGAAACGGAAGGACUGCUAUAGGGAAAGCUCCUGCAUCCUGAAACAUCUCAAAAGGAACGCCAAAUUUUACUUCCGGGUCGUCGCCGUUUAUAAUAAUGGCAGCUUUCAAAAUGAAUCUGAUACCUACUCUUUCAACUUGGCACCCAAAGAUACCUACCGCCCCUAUAGAUCACCCACACUCUGGAACUUGUUCAACACAGCGUUAUACUGCGUCAUAGUAUUGGGUGUGUCCACUCCGCUCAUCAUGUGUAUCAUACUUUGCAUCCGUGACCAAAUAAAUGGUUACGAGCCCGAUGAUGAAGAUGAAGAUGACGGUUGGGGAGGAAGAGGGAACAAUACGCCAAAAGUUGAAAAGGUUAAGACCGUGAAAACAGUGGCUCGCCAGCAACAUGGCGCAGGCGCAGGACCAUCACAGAGCAAUGCCAACCAUGUGGUCUAAAAACCUACAAAGUCUGAGUUUCAUGGUGUGUGCACCAGUUGCAAACGUAUGGCGCAAUAUUGAAAGUGGAUAUUGUUUUUCUUUUUUUUUCCCGGGGAGGAGGGGCUUAUGGUGUGAAUAUGCAUGAUCUGAGAUUAAAUUUGAUUGCGAUACAGUUAUGCCUAUUUCUUUCACUCAUAUUAUACCAAACAAGGUCUUUGUGCGAACCUCUAACAAGUAUCCCCGAUUCACUUUGGGAAAUAACUAAACGGGAAGAAGGAGUUGUGCCUGACAGUUUUGUCAAUUUUACAUUCGAUCUGUGAUUUUUUUUUUGAUGUAGGCCUUAACGUUGGUGUGGACGUAUUCAUUGUGUAAAAUAGGCUGCAUUUCAAGCGCGCUUUCAAGCAAAUAUGUAGGCCCUAACUCCUUGCAUUUCACUUUUUUUCGGUCGCGGACGGGAAGAUUUUUCCCAUCCCUGGAUAAACCAGAGGCGGGGUCUAUGAUAGCAGCGAAUCUGAAGCUAGAGCUGUGCCAAAUCUCUGCCUACCGCACCUCCUCUGCCCCCCAUGAAAAGGUCAAAAAUUGCCCAAAGAUGCAUUUUUUCCCCCUUAACUAUUCGCCUAUAUAGGUAGUACAUGUAUAAUUAUUUCUAACAAAAUCGUUGAUAUUUUUCGUUGAUAAUAUACACAUGUACCUAGUUUCCCAUUCGCGAAUGGAUCAAUCCGCAACUCGAAAGGGAUUCAAUUUGGUUAUUGUAUGUCUGCAUUGUCUCCUCGUGAAAACUGUUAUCGUGUAAAAUUGAAAUAGACAAUCAAAUUAGAGUAUCUCUUUUAAGAUUCCCCAAACUAUGUUCGUUUGGAACAUUAAUCCCGAUUUGUAUAAGCACUACGCCUGGAGCAACUUAAUUGCAAUUCUAGGUCUAUAUAGCUUCAUGAAAAUAUUUCAUUUGCAACUCUGCUAUUUGUAACUUAAAUUCAAGACGACAGUGAAAAUUAAAUUGUUCAUGGAUUGAAUGAUAUUAACAUUAGUGCUAAAUUAAUUAUGGCCUUGGAUGUGUAUCCAAAAUAAUAGAUUUGUAUCUCUACAUAAUGGGCUGCACAAAAACAAAUGCCGUGUGUAUACCGCAAUAUUUAUCUAACUCUAUAUGCUUGGAUUCCUACUUUAAUAUAACCCAUUUAUAGACUACUUCGAGUAUUACACACUAAUAAAGCAAUUGAUAUACAUGCAUAAUAUUUUGAACUGCUCCAUUCAACCAAAUUGAGCUGGCGGCCGUAGUUUGCUUGUGUGUGGGUCUAUGUCACGUGCUUAGAAUUAAUUGGAAAUGAGUUGUUGCAAUAUACCAUAUUUUGCAAUGUCAGUCAUCUGAAUAUGCCCAUGACAUCUUGUAGAAGAAUUUGUUCCCAUACAAUUAUACUUUGUGUGGGCUAUACACGCUGAAAACGAACUCUACAUAUUAUGUACAUAAUGGUCUUUAUGUACAAUUGACAGUGUUUAAUUGAAAUGGUUGGAUAGAGUAUAUACUCCGAUAGGAAGACUUAAUUACUCAUUGCUAAGUUAGGUUUAAACAAACUGUACUUGUAGGCCAUGUAUUUCGUAAAUUGUAGAAUAGAUUAUCGCGUUAAAGUAUUGAUAUGGGAUAUUUAUAUACACUAAAAACUAUACCGGUAAUUGUAUUUACAUAUAGAUUGUGUAAUCAAGAAGAGAAAUGUAAUCUUCUGUAAAGCGACAUUGGGGUUGCCGAUGCACGGUUUUCAAACCUCCUUUGCUUGAGGCAUUGACUUCUGGUUCCUAGCAGUUAUUUAUACUAAGGUUCAAGUCAGAAGCAAACACCAAAAACGUUGGCGUGAUGAUUUUGAUUGUUUCCAGGAUUUAUUUUUAACCUUUGCAUUCCGGCAACCACAUUCGAGGUGUUUUUUUUUGUUGAAUCCAACACUUACAUAGGUUAGAUUCGGUCAGUGACAUCCAGCAUUUUAAAUGUUGAAUCCAGCAUUUUAAAUUUUAAAAUCCAAUUUGAGUGUUAAUUCAACACUUGUUUACAGUGUUAACUUCGAAAGUGUUGGAUUUAACAGGUAAAAUGCAUUGCUGGAUUCAACAUUUUCAAAGUGUGGUCACUGAACGGCCGAACCUAUGUAAGGCCAAAAAAAAAAGUCUCCGGUUUCUGGUAUGCGCGCGCGUCGCCGUAGCCAUGCGCGUCGGCAAA